AUGUUUGUGUUUGGGUCGCAUACAUGGGCCUUAUCUCUCCAGACAGCCCUGGGAUCGUUUGCAGCCUUUGCUGCCCCUACAGAGACCGCCACGAAAAGCGCGAUCGUGCAUGAAAGCGCACUUUGGUGGGGUGCUGCACACCCCGACAUCAGUGGCUGUUGGUCCGCAAAUCACACCUUCGAGCGCUGUUGCGUGAACUGGAACUUUCGCGACGAAUUGCCUGGCAAAGCUUGCUGGAGCGAGGCGGAGCAUGCCGCCUCCUACCAGGCGUGCUGCGUUCCGAAAAGCGACUGGGCUCCGCGAUCCUCGUUCUCAUGUUCAGACAAGGGUGUGUACUGGGAGCGGCUUCGACAGACCGUCUCGCUUUUCCGGUCUUUCACGGAGCUGAAGCAUUCUCCGCUGAACGGGGCGGCUCCCCGUGAGUGCCUCAUUGGGGGAGUCCUCGUCAGCUUGUUGGAGCUUGUAUACGUGAGCUAUGAACGUGGGAAUGCGUCAGAGCCUCGGAGGGUAAAGGCAUAUGACAAGGUGGAGUAUGCAAUGCGAGUGCUGUUCUCCAGCCCAGUAUCUUUGGAAGAGAUGUUGGUCUCGGGGUGGCCUUUGUUUCUGACCUUGGACUUCUUCCGAUUCGACCGGCGCUUUCAGGACCUGGCAGAACAACGACUUCCUGGCAUCUUUGCCGGUUUCCAGACCAUGAAGUACAGCAACACAGUCAGCGGCGCCAUCCAGGCCGAGCAGGGCAACCGCAUAGCCCUCGAUGUGGUUGUAAAGCUCGCCAACAGCGUUGCCAAGGCCAGCGGGGAAGGUGCCCUGGUGCAGCUCAUGCCGGCAUUUACGGCUCUGGUCAACUACCACAACCUUCGAAAGUUCGACCUCCCCCGUGGCGACGCCCAUGACGUGCCCCGACUGGGCAUCGAGGCCAAGCGGCUCAUUGAGUUUGCAGAUACGCAGCUUAGGAGCUGGAUGGGCCACUUCGGCUACACCUUCUCUUUGCUGAUCAAGCUGGAGAUUCCUCUGGUCAACCUGUUGCAAGCACUGUCCUGGCCGGGUGUUGUGAUGACGCGGCCGGCCGACUACCUGAAGAACACCAUACACUUUCCGGGCCUGCAGCUCGCGAAGAUUUUACCCCCCAAGCAGGUCUGGAGCUUGCCCCUUAUUGAGCAGCAUAUCCAUCCUGGCUUCGAUGCUGCCAGCAACAUGGUCCGGACGACUUUGCAGCCCAUGUGCUACGCUCCCGGGUUCCUCUUUGUGAUCCUUGCCACUGCCUCGCACAUCAGGCAGGCAUGUGAGUCACUCAACCAGGCAGAAUGUCUCCAGGCCCGCAGGCUAAAGGUGUGGGAUGUGGGUGCCAGCUACGGGGAUUGCAUGCUUUGGGCAGCCACCGUGCUCCUGGAAGCUUUCAGAGGGACGGAAGGCUGGCAGCUGGAGCUUCGUGGCUUCGAGCCGCUCCCCUCAGCGGCUGCAGCCUUCCGCCGUUCUGUGCGGGGUUUGCAGGGCACCCUUGCUCGAUCGGACGCACGUGGAGCUUUGCGCUUCGCGGUUGAGGAGAUUGCCAUGCGGGACGAGGCCGGGGAGGUGGAGAUCUCCUUCCCAAGCCACUCCAUGGCUUUGGCCACCUUCCACCGCUGCGAGGAGCGCUACACUGGCGCGGCCUCCAACAACCUCUACCACUGCAUUUCGCGGCCCACCCGGGCGGAGACUUUAGAUAGCUACUUGGCUAGUUUCCCAGAGCCUCGGCCAGGACCCAUCGACGUCCUCAAGUUGCACGUGCAAGGCGACGAGCUAUCUUUUUUGCGUGGCGCGAACGCAUCCUUCAUCAGCGGGCGUGUGUGCUUGUUGCAGAUGAAUCUGGAGACCAUGGUUUUGCACGUGGACAUGGAGGAUCCGUCGGUUUGGUUGGCCGAGCAGCUGAUUGCUUCCUUAAGCGGGGCCGGAUUCCUGGGCGUCUUGGUGAACUUGUGGGAAGUGCAGCCCGCCACCUUCGAGGGCAUUGUGGCUGCCAUCAAGUUUAAGAACCCUGACGCAAUGGGAUGGAAGCCGCCUGAUCCGAACAAACGGCCUGAGGAGCUCCACUACGAGCUUGUGGCCUGGCGCCCUACCCGGCCCUGCCAAGAAAGUCUGUCCGUCAAGGCUGUUAGCAGCAUGUGGCAAUCGCACGCAGCUGCCUUAUGA